GUUGAAUAAAAUGUUAAAAAUAGAUUUGAAUAUUGUAAAGUAUAAAACGGUAUGUCAAACUUUUUUAAAACUUUAAAUUUUAUUAGAGAUCAUAGACAUAAAAAACUACCUGAUGAUUUAGGCGAAUACAAAGAACCUAUAAAAGAUGGUGUAGCAUUUAAUGCCCUUUAUUUGGGAAACACUUUGAUAGAUUAUAAUGAACAUGAAGAUUCUGCAAAAGUCGUUAAAAGAAUUUUAAGAAUGGCCAAACUACAAUCUAGGAAGUCAAGAUUGAUACUUUUUGUGACACCUAAGGGUAUUAGAACAAUUAAUUUUGAAACUAAAGAACCUCAUCAAGAAUUUUGUAUAUAUAGAAUAGCAUCCUGUGUAGCUAUAAGUAAUUUAGAAAAAGUAUUUGCAUUUAUUUUUAGAAAUUCAAUAAAUGAAACAUUAGAGUGCCAUGCAUUUCUAUGUGAUAAAAAGAAAUUAGCCAUUGCACUUACUAAAUCAGUUGUACAAUCAUUUUCAAUAGCAAAUGAAGAUUAUGAAGCUGAAAAAAUCAAAAGAAACUGCAAUACAGAAAAUAGCACAACAAAAAACAUAUUAACACAUGUUCCACUCUCUUUCACCACUUCUACUGAAAAGCCACCUACAUAUAUAAAUGGAAUGAUCAAACAAAAAAAUAAUUUAAAUCUAGAGAAUAUUGAAAUAACUCCAUUAAAUGUUUUACCACACAAUUCCUCACGAUUAAAGAGUAUAAUCAUACCCAAAUGUCAUUAUAAUGGAUAUAUAAAUCAUUCAAAAUUCAAUGCAAAUACAAUUAACCUAAAUGGAUUUGAAGACAAUUUUAUUAAUCAAAAGUCACCUCAAACAAUUGAUGAUAUACUUUGUUAAUUUUCUAUAUUAUUAUCAAUAAAAGAUAUAAAUCAAUAUAAUAUUGCAAAAUUUAUUAAUAUAUGGAUUGGUGUCUUUCAUAUUCCCUUAAUUUUGACCGUUGUAUCUUGCCUGAUGAACUUCUUGGUAUAUCUGAUAUUAUUUCCAUCUAUAUUUAUAUAAUUAUUAAAUUGUAUUAUUAUAAUUCUCAAAAUAGAUUUUUUUUAUUGUUCAAAAAACUGGAAGUAGAUUUUUAAAAAUUAUAUUUCCACCAAACAUUAAAUUUGAAUACAUUAUUUGAAAAGUAUUA